CAUGAAAGAUCAAGUUCUUUCCCUCCCAGCCUUGUACUGUGGCUGAAAUGGGAGGACCAUAAGGCCCAUAGUACACCUUGUGUUCACACCUACGAACCAGAAAGACAAUUUCUCUGUUUAGAACCUACUCUGAUAUUGAGGCUAGACUGGAGGUACAAUCGAAAAUCAGAUUGCAAUUCACCCCCAAAAUCAAAUUGAAAAUCCUAAGUCGCUGAUUUGGGGCAGAAACGGCGUCGUUGGCAGAGGAAGAGAUGUACGGUGGCGGAGGAGACGAGGAUGAGAGCAUGGGAUUAGGGACGAUGAGGGUGAUGGUGACUAGUCCUACAGGGCAGUGGGGCCCGGACGAGACGAGGGAGCUGAUCGCGAUCCGUGGGGAGCUGGAGAGGGACUCCUCUGUGGCCAAGCGCAGCAAGGCUCUGUGGGAAGCAGUCAGCUCUAGGAUGACGGCCAGAGGCUUCAAUCGAACUUCGGAACAGUGCAAGUGCAAGUGGAAGAAUCUCCUCAUUCGAUACAAGGGGAAGGAGACGUCUGAUCCGGAGAUUGGCAGGAAAUGUCCAUUCUUUGAGGAAUUGCAGGCGGUGUUUACUGAGAGAGAAAGGAAUAUGCAGAGAUUGCUGCUUGAUUCCGAGGCGGGUACUCCCCGUUCCAAGAAGAGGGUGAAGAAAGCGAGGUCGGGCCGAUCGUCGGAUGAGUUAUCGGAAGACCCUGAUGAGGAUGAGGAUGGGAGCAAUGGAAAUAUUAAGAAGAUGAAGGCUGAAAGAGUGGUAAUGCCAAGAGCAAUGAAUGCUACUGCAAAUUUUAGCAGUGGGAGUAGUAGUGUAACGGAAAUGCUCAAGGAGUUUUUAAAGCAGCAGCAGAGGAUGGAGAUUGAGUGGAGAGAAAUGAUGGAGAGGCGGGCACAGGAACGGCAGUUAUUUGAGCAGGAAUGGCGUCAGAGAAUGGUAAAGGUGGAGAGGGAGCGGUUAAUGGUUGAGAAAGCUUGGAGGGAGAGGGAAGAACAAAGGAGGAUGAGAGAUGAGAGCAGAGCUGAGAGGAGGGAUGCCCUCAUAAACAGUAUCUUGAAUAAACUUAUCGAUCAAACUAACUUCUGACUUUAUCAAGUAAAUGGUUGAUUUAUUUUGUUUUGGUGUACAAGUUUGAGAGUCCUUUCUCCCAUCCAUUUAAGACCAGAUCACACUCUUCCAUGGAUGCUAGGGUUCACCAAAUUGCAUACUUGAUUUGCAGCUCUAGGCAAAUAGUGUAGGGGCACUUUCUGUUUGCCUCUUCAUGUAGUGUAUACGUUGCUUUUCCAGAAAACUGUGUGUAAUUUCUCUUUCCUUUUCUUAUUUUUAGUAUUUUGAAGAAAGUAUUAUUCAUGUAAUAGUGUUUCAUUGCUUUUAAUGCAAAUGGAAAUUGGAGAUUGAAAUUUAAGUGUGCAUUGAAGAUUCUGA